AUGGCUGCCUGGUCUCACAACAAUUUCCUAAACGAGGUCAGAAUACAGCAUCCACAGGGAUCCACAGUCUUCACGAAUAACGAUACUCACAAGAGCGGUGCUCUGAGCGUGGCCACCAGCACGAAAUCAUGCGAGCAUUGUAGCAACACACCGAAAGCUAGCACUUUCAUCUUAUCCCCUUCGAAAAAGAGCUCUGUCACAAUCACCGGAAUGGGCUGGGAACAAUCUGACAUAGGCUACGCAUGUCGAAUCGAAAAGCAGACACAACCCUCCGUGGGCCCUCUGAGUGUUUCUCUCUGGAAGCUCUACUACGAAGGAAAUGACCACUACUUCGAGGCAACACACGGCAAUCAACCGCUCACCAUCACCUUGAUGAUAGCCGAUACGACUGGAACACCCAUCUGCCCCGUCUCGGACAUUUUCAAGAUAGAAGACGGCAUCUUUGGCAAGAUAGCUCGGUUUGACCAUUUCACCCGCAAUCCCGAUGUCCCAGUCUACGAAGCCGAAGAUCGUGUCUCUGUCGAUUUCGAUUAUCCCAGACGCGACCCGGAGAGGCAGUACAGAAGCGACGCGGAAGACCCCAUUACGAUUUCUACGGGCCGCAAACACAAACUCAUCUUCUCCUUUCCCACCGUCAGCAAGGAGGUGGAACAUGAUGUUGUGGCGGUGCAUUCCAUCAUGCCUUUCAAGAAAAUGCCAAAACCCGCCCUCUCACAUCCUUACGAUGGACCGGGGAUGGCACCCCGGUUUGAUGUUGUGAGGAUGAGCAGUUCUUCCUUUUCGACAAUCACCGAGGAUGGAUGUAUCCAUUCGUCGGAGAGGAUAUGGCAUAACCAUCGCUCCACCACGGUCUGGAUUCCGAAUCCGAUGCUGGACGAGGCGGGGAUCUUCGUUGUUCUGGUUACGUUGACGAACGGCGCGCAUGCUUUUUCCAAGGAUGUUGGGAGGGAGGAGGAUUUUCCUUUUGCGAGGGCGAGGAUGGAGAUUGUGGGUGCGAGGGAGGGUGUGCCGGUGGGGGAAAUGGCUGGGUUGGUAUGGUGA